AUAUGACAAUGAAAACUCAAUCUUGUUAUUGUUUGUUACUGUCUUUGUUCCUGUUGAGACUAUCAGACCUCUCAAUCUGCAUAGAGCUCUUUAUAAUAAACUCAUCACAGAAUCACAAACUGAACCACAAGAGGAAAUUGUCAAUACACAUAAUGCCUUCAGGAGAAAAGUGUCCCCGCCAGCCAAGAACAUGUUGAAAAUGAGUUGGAGUUCAGCUGCUGCAGAGAACGCUAGAAUCUUGGCGAGGUACUGUGACAAAUCGCAGAGUGAUGCGAUUGAGAGGAGACUACCAAAUACAUUUUGUGGAGAAAAUAUGUUUAUGGAACAUUAUCCUUCUUCCUGGUCAAAAGUAAUUGAAAUCUGGUACAAUGAGUCUAAGUACUUCAAGUAUGGAGAAUGGCCGUCCACAGAUGAUGACAUCCAGACUGAUCACUAUACUCAGAUGGUCUGGGCCUCUUCCUACCUCGUUGGCUGUGAUGUUGCAUCAUGUCGCAGGAAAAAGGCAGCUACAUAUCUCUACGUGUGUCACUAUUGUCAUGAGGGAAAUAAUCAAGACACACUAAAUAUGCCUUAUAAGGUGGGCUCACCAUGUGACGACUGUCCAAAUAACUGUGAAGACGGACUGUGCACUAACCCCUGCCUUUAUUAUGAUGAAUAUAACGACUGUGAUAAGCAGGUAAAACUUUACGGAUGCUCACAUCGAGCCGUCCAGCCAUUCUGCAAGGCCUCUUGUCUGUGUACAACUGAAAUAAAAUAA